CUGCCCAUUCAAUAAACCUUAACGUAAGCGGGCUUCCUCUCUAAACUCCUCGCGCACGGUGUCGAUAUCACACUGCUCGUACCUGUCUGAAACGCGUGUUCGUUGGAGGAACGUUCAGUCGACCCUAACACACCAUCUGAAAAACUUGGGGUCUUCGGAGAUGACCGAGGCAGCCGAAGACUUCAUUCUUCCGCGGGUGGAGAUGACAAACGGUUCCAACGGGCAUCCAGCAGUCAUAGAUAUCGUGGAUCCACUCUUCGUCAGAAAACAGAAUAUGCCGAAAGUUCCGAUGACAACCCCAGAGGUGGUGAGGGCUGCAAGGGCUGCCUUCAGGACCGGGAAGACCAAACCGCUGAAGUAUCGCAAGGAGCAGCUGAAGGCCCUGCUGAGAUUCUUCGACGAGUGCCGUCAGGAGAUAGAGGAUGCCCUUUACAAGGAUCUGAGGAAACACCCUCAGGAGGUGAACAUAGCCGAGAUCAUAUUGGUGACCAAUGAUAUCAGGCACACUUUGAUGGAUUUGGAUCACUGGGCAAGGCCUAAGCGGCCUUCGAAGCGACUUAUUAACAUGCUGGAAGAUGUUGAGAUUUACAGUGAUCCUUAUGGUGUGGUGCUUAUAAUAGGAGCAUGGAAUUAUCCUUUGCUAUUGACGCUAGGACCAUUAGUAGGUGCCCUUGCAGCAGGUAACUGCGUUAUCCUGAAACCCUCAGAACUGUCACCAGCCACAGCAGACCUCCUCUGCAGGUCCCUCACAAAAUAUUUAGACCCAGAGACUUUCCACGUAGUCUUAGGCGGAAUUCCAGAAACCACGGAGCUGUUGGCGGAAAGAUUCGAUUACAUCUUUUUCACAGGCUCAACGGCAGUCGGAAAAAUCGUGCACCAAGCUGCCGCCAAGCAUUUAACACCUACAACUCUCGAGUUGGGCGGUAAGAGUCCAUGCUACAUCGACGAAACGGUCAACAUGGAAUUGGCUGCCAGAAGAAUACUCUGGGGUAAAUUUAUGAACGCCGGUCAGACUUGCAUAUGCCCGGAUUACGUUCUGUGCUCGAAAGACGUCCAAGAGGUGUUUCUAUCUGCCUCGAGGACCAUCCUGGCUGAAUUCUACGGCGAUCAGAAGUUCCCAUCAGAUCUGAGCAAGAUCGUAUCGGAGAAUCAUUUCAAACGUCUGCUGAAAUUCCUGGAGAAUUCCACAGUGGCUAUUGGAGGUCAGUACCUGGAAUCGCAAAAAAUAAUAUCCCCGACGAUCCUGGUCGAUGUGAAGAAAUCAGAUAAGGUUAUGGGGGAGGAGAUAUUUGGUCCCAUCUUGCCAAUAUUGAACGUUUCAAGUAUCGACGAAGCCAUCGACUAUAUAAACGAGAACGAAAAACCUCUGGCGCUUUACGUUUUCUCAAAAGAUAAAAAGGUCCACGAGAGGUUUUUGGAGGAAACCUCAAGUGGUUCUGUCAGUAUUAACGACACCAUCAUGCAGAUUUGCACGGAGAAUUUACCGUUUGGAGGAGUUGGAGGCAGCGGGAUGGGUGCUUACCACGGGGAGGAAGGAUUUAAAACUUUCUCGCACCAGAAAAGUGUCCUGAAAACUAUGCUGAAUCCGCUGACGGAAAUGGGGUUACAAUCGAGAUACCCACCGUACAGUCAGGCCAAGAUUAAUCUUUUGAAUUUGUUGAUGAAGAAGAGGAGGGGUAUCCCUUUGCAUUAUCUUUCAAACAUUUUGAUAUUUUUGCUUGGAUUUGCCGUCGCUUAUUGUUUUUACUCAUUGUUUAAUCAUGGCAAGGAAUAAUCUCAGUAUUUGAUACGUGACAAAAAUCACAAUGAUGAACCAACCUUUCAUAUGUAAUACAUCGUGUAUAUAGUACCCAUAUUUCUAUUGGCUUAUGCUGGGUCCAAAAAAAAUGGUCGUCAAGUAGACUAUGGAAUUCAGAGGUUAGAUAUUCAGAGACUGAACGUAAUUCUCAGCUUCUAGUAUGAAAUUUUGUGGUUAACUUAAAAAUUCAAUGAGAUUCAAUGAGCUUUUCGACUCAGCAUGAUGGAUUUUGAGUGAAUCUGCUAGAAAUAAUCUCAAAGCGCAAAUUAUGUGAAUUGGAAUUACAUUAAAAUGUCUCUGUAUAUAUCUUCACUGUGAAAAUAAUUGUGGUUUCGUAAGCUUCAUGUUGAAUAUCGAUCGUCAAAUUUCCACAGGCUUGUUGAUGACUUUUUUUAGACCCAAGUUACAUAUCAAUAAUAUGCGGUGAAUUCCAAAAAGUUUGCACCAGAAAAUUAUAAACUCAAGGCCAAAAUUCAGGAGGUGAUUGCUUGACGAAAAACAUUAAUAAUUUGUAAGGAAACCUGGGAAAUAAGCAACCCUUCAAAGAUAUGUUCUGUCGAAAAUGGGUACUUCUCGAGAUAAAUGGAAAGGGCAAAAAAUAUUUCGAUGGAAUUUUCGAUUCACAUUCAGAUUAUUCCAAUUAAAAAAAUUAAAUCAUCCGCCUACUUUAUACAUUGAACUACGACCAUCAAAAUAUAAAUAUAUGUUUAAAAAUGCGUAAGUAUUGCGUUGAGUUUCGAGUAUCAGGCCAAGAAGACCUUUUUUAGGCCAUUAUAAGAUUUCAGAUAGUACAUUUUUCAUCUUCAAAUUUGCAUUUUUCGAGUAGUUAGGAUGGUAGUUACUGUAGUUAGGGUGGUGACCUCUCUUUUUUGUGUUUUACAAACAAGACAAACGUAAGGCACUGUAGAUCGUGAUUUAAUUUUUGAGUUUUGAAUAAUGAGAGCCUUUAGAGCAUUUCGGACUAAUGUCAGACGGAGGGGAAAACAAAACAUCUGUUAUAUUUAUGAUCACAAAACUUUAAGUUGUAGGAGUCAAUACCUAAUAGUUCUCUAACAUCGCGCUCUUCAUAUCACUAUCGAGGCAUAAAUAAAAUAUUCACUGAACUAGAUUUUCUCAAAAAAUUGAUAAGUAUUUAUGGCAACCACUCGAAUUCGCAAAAAUAUGAACAACCCAUAUUUGUGAGCCCCUCAGCUUUCUAAGUCAGCUAAUCCGAAUUAGCAUUGAACUCUAAAGACCAAUUUCACCAAAUGGUGAUGGAGUUGGCUCAACUGGAACUCAGAUCAAGAUUAAAAUGAACUGUUUCUAAACUUGAAAUUUUUUUCCCUUAAAACGCAACUCACAA